AUGGAUCCUUCGGAGAAGAAGAUCUCGGUGUGGAUCUGCCAGGAGGAGAAGCUGGUGUCCGGUCUCUCUCGCCGCACCACCUGCUCGGACGUGGUGCGGGUGCUGUUGGAGGACGGCUGCCGGCGGCGACGGAGGCAGCGGCGGGGCCGGCGGCGGGGGGCGGCCGGCGACUCGCCAGGCCGGGAGGAGCUGCGGGAACUCCUGGACGAGGACGACGAGGACGACGACGAGGCGCUGCCGCAAGGCAUGCUGUGCGGGCCCCCGCAGUGCUAUUGCAUCGUGGAGAAGUGGCGGGGCUUUGAGCGCAUCCUGCCGAACAAGACGCGCAUCUUGCGCCUCUGGGCCGCCUGGGGCGAUGAGCAAGAGAACGUGCGCUUCGUGCUGGUGCGCAGCGAGGCGUCACUACCCAACGCGGGCCCCCGCAGCGCCGAGGCGCGCGUCGUGCUCAGUCGCGAGCGCCCCUGCUCGGCCCGGGGGGUCCCGGCGCGGCCCAGCCUGGCUCUGACCCAGGAGAAGCAGCGGCGAGUGGUGCGCAAGGCCUUCCGCAAGCUGGCCAAGCUCAACCGGCGGCGCCAGCAGCAGCCGUCGUCGCCCUGUUCGUCCGCUUCGUCGUCCACCGCCUCGUCGUGUUCGUCUUCGCCGCGGGCCACGGAGAGCGCAGCCGUGGAGCGCAUGGAGACGCUGGUGCAUUUGGUGCUCUCACAGGACCACACCAUCCGUCAACAGGUGCAGCGGCUCCGGGAGCUGGAUCGCGAGAUCGAUCGCUAUGAGGCCAAGGUGCACCUGGACCGCGUGCGGCGACACGGAGUCAACUACGUGCAGGACACUUACUUGGUGGGCGCCGGCAUCGAGGUCGACGGGCCCAGCCCGGGAGAGGAGCCGGAGGCGGCUGCGGCUCCCCUGGACGGCGAGGCGCAGGCGACCGCGCUGGAGGAGCUGGCCCGGCGGUGCGACGACCUGCUGCGCCUGCAGGAGCAGCGAGCCCAGCAGGAGGAGUUGCUCGAGCGCCUCUCAGCCGAGAUUCAGGAGGAGCUGAACCAGAGGUGGAUGCGGAGGCGCCAGGAGGAGCUCGCGGCGCGGGAGGAGCCCCUGGAGCCUGACGGCGGCCUCGACGGCGAGCUGCUGCUGGAGCAGGAGCGGGUCAGGACGCAGCUCAGCACCAGCCUCUACAUCGGGCUCCGGCUCAACACGGACCUGGAGGCCGUCAAGUCGGAUUUGGAUUACAGCCAGCAGCAGUGGGACAGCAAGGAGCGCGAGCUGCAGGGCCUUCUUCAGACUUUGCACACGUUGGAGCUGACGGUAGCGCCCGAUGGGACUCUCGGCUCUGGCGGACCCUCCCGGGAGCCCCAGCCCCAGGGCUGCGCCGAGGUGUGGGUGGAUCAGGCCCGCGGACUGGCCAAAAGCUGUCCUGGCAACGACGAGGACUCGGAUACCGGGCUGAGCUCUAUGCACAGCCAGGACUCGGACUCGGUGCCUGUGUGCGAAUCUCUUGUGUAA